AUGGUAGGGGCUUCUUACACUUGGAUGAAUAAUCAGGUGCAAAGUAUACGCAGACGUAUCGAUAGAGUGUUGGUUUCUCCCGAUUGGGAAUGUCAGUUUCCUAAUGUUAUACAGCAAGCUCUUGCCAGGCCAUGUUCGGAUCAUAGUCCCCUUGCUCUUAUCUGCGAUUGUGUCAAAGGAGGUCCAAGCCCUUUUCAUUGUGAAACAUUCUGGUAUGCACAUCCCGAUUUUUUUACUUUCAUUCAAAAUGCGUGGUCUUCUUUCAAUGUUACAUGUAAUGCAGGAUUUGUGUUUUGUAAAAAGAUACAAUUGUUGAAGCCGUUACUCAAAGACUGGGCUAAGCAGGAGUUUGGUGAUAUGGAGAGAAGACUAGAAGAAUUGAAAGAAACUUUUGUCCAGUUAGAUGCAGAGGAAGAUGUACAUAAUGGACUUAAUGAAGAUCAGUGGAAUGCAAGGUUAAAAGCUCGUAAGGAUUACUGCAGUUUAUCCAUCGCAAAGUCUGAAAAAUUGAGGAGUCGUUCCAAAGUUACUCAUAUGCUUCAACAUGAAGAAAACACAAAGUAUUUUCACAGGCCUGCAUCUGAUAGAAGAAGAAGAAGGAAUUCUAUUGGUGCUAUAAAGGUUGGAGGAGUGAUGACUUAUGAUGUUGAAGAAGUAAAGCAAGAAUUGGAUGCUGAAGAAAGUGAAUGCUUGUCUGCAAUUAAAUGUUUGGGUCAGAAUAAGGCUCCUGGACCUGAUGGCUUUGCCAUUAGUUUCUAUCUUCUUUGCUGGGAGGUGAUUAAGGUUAAUAUCAUGAAGAUUUUUCAGGAAUUGCAGCAUAGAAAUUUUCUGGAUUGCAGAUUGAAAAACACUUUCAUUUCUUUAAUCUCCAAAAAAGACACUAUUGAAGAGAUAAAAUAUUUGAGACCCAUUUGUUUGGUUCAUGGAAUGUACAAAAUAAUCUCAAAAGUUUUAGCAGAAAGAAUCAAACAAGCUUUACUUUCAGACAUUUCUUCAAAGAAAACUGCUUUUAUCAAAAGAAGACAGAUUUUGGAUGGAGUCUUAGUGGCUAAUGAGUUGAUUGAUUCCGGGAUUAGAAGUGGAAGACCUGGUUUACUUUCUGGUUAUUUUAAAAGUAAAAAAGGGAUUAGGCAAGGUGAUCCCUUGUCUCCAUUCUUGUUUAUUCUUGUAGGAGAAACUCUAUCUUACAUGAUAAAACAAGCUCAAGAUCAAGGCCUUAUUUCUAGUUUUCAAGCAGUUGAAGAAGGUUGGAAAAAGCCACUUCUUAACAAAGCUGGCAAAUUAACUCUUAUCAAUAUCGUUUUGGCUAGCCUUCCUACUUAUUACAUGUCCCUUUUUGAAAUGUCAGCUUCAGUUGCUAAAAUUAUAAAAAUUGAUGAGAGACUUCUUAUUUUGUAUAGAAGAAGGAAAUUUGGAGGCUUGUGGAUUAAAAAUAUAAGGAAGAUGAAUCAUGCUUUAUUAACCAAGUGGCUUUGGAGAUAUGCCAAGAAAAAUGAUGUUUUAUGGAAAAAUCUUAUUGCUGAAAAAUAUGAUAAUGAUGGUGUGGAUUGGUUAUCAAAAUAUCCAACUGGUACUUUUGGAAGAGCUGUUUGGAAGGGUGUCAUGAAGUGCAAACAUAUUUUCAUUAACAACAUUAAUUUCAAAGUUAACAGGGGUACAAAUACUAAGUUGAACGGUGUAACGUUGAAUCAAGAGGAAGAAGACUGUUUAGAAUGGACUCUUACAAGCAAAAAGAACUUUUCGGUUAAGUCAACUUAUGACAAGUUAGCUAACACGGAAAUGGAGUUACCUGUUCAAGGGAUAUUCAAGCUAAUUUGGAGGUUGAAAGUGGUAUAA